GAAAAUAUGGAGUUUUUAAACGUCAAAGUGAUUUUUAAAUCAGCAACAGAAGAAUCAAUUGCAGGUGUUAUGUUAAAUUUAUAAUAAAUCAUCAUAAAUUAAUAUCAUUUUUAUUUAUAACAUAAUGAUUUUGAAAAAUAUAAAGUUAUCUAAUGUAUAACCAAUGUCCAGCCUUAACUUGUUAUAGAAGGAAAAUAAUAACAUUCCAUUUAUAUAUUUGUAAUUAUAUUAAUUGAUUAGAAAUUAAUAUAUAUAUGUAUGUAUGAAAUGUACACUAGUGCUAAAUGGAAAAAAAAUCUUUAUGAAUUUACUGAUUUACCAGACAAUUAUACAGACAGUACAUUUUUGACCAAAUUACGUAGGAAUGUAAAAUCAAAUCAUGUUUCUCGAUUAGAAGCUAUUAAUUUAGGUGCAAGCAUAUCAAUACGUUUAAGUAUUCCAAUUCUCUUUGCUAUCAUAUUUAUUUGGUUAUAUAAUGAAUGGACCACUCCGAAUGUUAUUAUUAUGUCAGAAAUAAUUUUAACCAUUUUUGGAUAUUUGUAUUAUAAUAUUAAAAUAUUAUAUAUGUCUAAGAAAUUGUCAGAAGAUCUUAGAACAACUUUAAUUUUUCUUAUUUUUGGAUAUACUUUAUCACCAGUCUUGCGAACAUUAACAGAAACGAUUAGUACAGACACAAUAUAUGCUAUGACUAUAUUAAUGUUUUUCAUUCAUUUAAUAUUUAACAAGUAUGGUUCUUCGCAAAUAUUUUUUUCUGAUUCUUUAUCUAUAACGUCAUCUAUUUUUGGUUCAUUAAUGUUAGCGUCCAGACUUGCUACCCCUUUACAUGCAUUUUCACUUUUAACUGUUUCAGUACAAUUUUUUGUAUUAUUUCCUAUAUUAUUGUCUCAUAUAAAUAACAAACUAAUAAUAUCAAUCAUAAUAACCACAGGGACAAUAUAUUUAUUAUUACCUAUGUCUAAAAUAUGUUCUUAUGUUUUUGUAGUAGUUAUAAUAUUCAUUCAUUUCAUUUGUCCACUUUGGUAUAUUAGAUGUAAACAAUUUAAAAAUAAUAUUUAUGGUCCUUGGGAUGAAGCAAUCAUUGCUUCUUAACUACUAUAACUUUUCUAAUUCUAAUAAUAGUUUAUCAAAUAAAACAAUUGUUUUUAUUAUUCUGUAACUAUAUCUUUUGUA